GGGGGGCCACGGCAUGUAUCAUGCAAACAGGUGGUAGAUAAGGCCACGAGAAAUGUCUCUAACAUCGCUAGAUCUUGCUUUCUUGCUCUGACUCCACGUUCGUCAUCUCAACUGACUCUGGCUUGACUCGGAGUUUGGGAUGUCCGUGGGCGUCAAGUAGAUUGGGCUGGGCGGUGAUUUGGGGGUCGUCCGAUGCUCGGCCCAGCGCCUAGGCGAAGAUCGAUCACUUUUUAAUUCUCUAACCCCCACUAUGUUCCAAGGCCUAGGGCUUAAAAACUGACUGAUUUACUGCAUGUAUUCGGGUUGGUCUGGAUCGUAUGUUGACCCCCCUCGCGGAACGCAAGGCGUGAUCCGUGUGUACCUCCAGCAUCAGCCAUGCUUAUGGUUUCUCACACAGUCGUGGGAAGUGGGAGGGAGCGUGGGAGCGGACAUCGGCUGCGGCACGCUGCAGGAACCUGAAUGGGCUAUAUGUUCCAAGGUCCUACCUACGGUUCAAGUAACGUCUUUCCACAUGGCAGUAGUCAGCCUGCAGUUGGACCUAUCGGGGACUGACCCAGCUCAACGACCCCAAUAUCCGGGGAAUGACUUAAUAGCGGGCCGGGAAUACCAGGGGUUGGACCCUUUUUCGCAGUGUUUAGCUGUACCUCGACGUUAUAGCGCGCGGCAUGAGACCCUUCAUGCAGCGUCCCACGAUGACCUCACGAUGUUAAGGGGGGGUUGGUGUGGGCCACGGGGGUUCGGUUGCCUGGUCAGGAACGACAAGUCGAGUGUGUCGCUCACCGCUUUUAGCACGAAUAUCUUGGGAAUUGCGUAUGCCAUGCAGGUUCCCAAGCGGACUGCCUAUAGUGUAUGUAUCCCGGUUGACAGGCAGCCAAAUGAGGUAGGUAAGUUUUGAUGCACGAUCCCAAUGUUUACGGUCCUCAUUCGGCCGAGUGCAGCUCAGGUACCAAGUUCGAACCUCUGAGAGCAUGUACUCGAAC